UGUCUGUGUAUCCCUUAACUGAGCUCCAAACCACAACUGACAUGCUGACAUUUGUGCAGUCACUGCAUCCUGUUUUUGGAGACAAAAAGAAAAGGUUUCAGAAGAAGUGGAUACCAAAGACAUGCCAAUGAAGUGUUGAUUGCCAGUAUAACAACACAGAGAACUCUCCACCUCAUAAAGAAACAGCCAUGGGAGGAUCAGAAUCCAAGGAGCACCCUCCUCGUCCUCCUGUCUCUUUUCCACUGCUGCCAGAACCCUGGAGGACACUGGACUGGGACACAAAGGAUGAGAUGAUAGACCAUUUAAAGAGAUUUCAAAUCAGCACUCCAGAUGUGAAGCAUCUCCAUAUCCUGGUCCAUGGUCCAGUGGGAGCAGGGAAGUCCAGCUUCAUCAACUCCAUAGACAGCAUCUUUCAGGGGCGAUCGACCAGUGGAGCCAUAGCAGAAGCAUCGGCCGGCCACAGCUUCACAAAGAUUUAUAAAACCCACAAAAUUAAAGCUGGAGAAUACGGAUCCUACUUACCAUUUGUCAUGGGCCUGGAAAGAGGAGAAUUUGAAGGGGUGCAAAUAGAUGACCUCAUGAAAAUAUUGGAGGAUCACAUUAAAGACGGUUAUAUGUUCAACCCAAUAAACCCAUGUGCAGAGGGCGACAAAAGUCACAACAAAGAUCCAAGUCUGAGUGACAGGGUUCACUGUCUGGUCAGCAUCAUUCCAGCAGACAGUGUCCUCUGGUGUGCUGACAGCAAGAACAUAUCACAACAUGCCAUGCGGGAAAAGGACGAAGCCUUCAUCAAAAAGAUCAAAGACGUCAGAGAACGUGCCAGCAAGAUGGGCAUCCCUCAAAUUAUCAUCCUAUCAAAAGUGGAUGAGGCAUGCCCAGAGGUCCACAACAACAUUAAAAUGGUCUACAGAAGCAAAAUGAUCCGUGAGAAGAUGAAACACUGUAGUAAUAACACAGGAGUUCCCCUAAACUGCAUCUUCCCAGUGAAGAACUACCAUGAGGAGAUUCAUCUGAACAACGACAUGGACGUGCUGCUGCUGUCUGCACUGACAAACAUCCUGAACUUCGCCAACGAUCACGUGGCAGAGAUGAAAAUACAAGACUGAAAGUCCCAUUUAAAAAUAUAUACUAUCAUUCCUCUUAUUGAUCUGAUACUACCUCUCUCUGUCUCUCCCGUGCACACACACACAGACACACACACAGACACACACACACUCACAUGCACACGCGCAUACACACACACACACACACACACACACACACACACUUUACAUAAUAACUGAUUUCACUAGUUUUAUUACUGGUUAAAUGUUUAUUUAAAUAUUCAUUUAACCAGGACAAACCAUUUUAAGCAUUAACCCACAGAUUUUUAAAGGGCAUAUAAUCUGUUUAACAUAAUAUGUGACCCUGCAAGGCGAAACCAGUCGCUUUGGUAAAAUUUAGAAAUUUAAGUUAUUGUGCUCAUAUCAUGAAUGGCCAUAAACUAAGCUUUCCAACAAUAUGUAUAUUGAGGGUAUUGCAAGUAUCGCUAAGAUAACCGCAUCCAAAUUUGCCGUUAUAACCCGUAUGUUUGUUUAUCGUGGAUUUUCUCAAAAUAGCACCAUGCGCAAAGCGACUGGUUUCACCUUGCAGGGUCACAUACAGUAUGCAAGGUGUUAGUUAUUACCUCUGGAUUAGUUGAAAUAAAUCAGCCUUUUUACAGUGA